UCUCAGCCACUCUGCAAGCCCAUUUCUCCUCUGCAGGUCAUUUACAGACGGGACGGCACAGCAGGUGACUUCAGAGGAGAGGCAGAUGAGCAUGUCUCCCAGUGCAGUGGAUGAUCGGUUCUCAGGGUGUCGGGCAGAGAUGUGGGAGAAGGUCAUGGGGAAGGGGGGGCUGCUGGAGCAGGAGCUGAAGAGCAACAGCUCGUUUCAGAUGGUGUGGAGCGCAGCAAGUUGCAGCGAAACCAUCCCAGGUGGCAGGCUGGAGCAUGCUCGGGCAAUAGAGGUGUACAGCCACGUGGAUAGCGGAUUCCGCAAAGAAUUCAAUUCAGCGGUCAAGUCCCAAGGUGGGAACAGCAGCGUCUACAGCAGCAGCUUCCCCUACAAGUCCCUCCACUUCCUGCUGACGGAGGCGCUGCAGCUGCUGAAGCCGAAUCAGAGUCGCACCACGUACCGUGGCUCACGGCACCAAUACAAAGCGGAAGUGGGAACCGAGGUGCGAUUUGGUGGUUUCACCUCCACCAGAGAAGAACGAAGCCAAACUGUGAAAGAUGCAACCUUAAGAACCCUGUUCGUCAUCACCAGCCGAGCUGCAGUUAGUGUGGAGAAACAACCCUGCACCACCAAGGACAUCGAGUUCCUGAUCCCCCCUUUCGAGGUGUUUAAAGUGGAGGGUGUGAAGAUCAAAGACGGUUACACAGAGAUCACUCUGAACCACACACGCUUUCACAGCUACCACGACUGUUACCUCUUCCCCAGGUCUCUUACUCUAAAUUCCAGUGAUUCUGUUCACUCCCAUAGCCUGGUGUUACUGGUGGCCUUUCUGUGUCUCUGUCUCCCUGUCCUGGGACAAAUACUGUGAAAUUAUACACACACAAAAACACA